AGCCGGAGCCUCGUAAAAUUGAGGAUUCAGAAUCGAAAAUAGACGAGAACUCGCUUGAACAUCCGAAAGAGGACAUCGCACCGGAUACAACGUCCGUGUUUUUCAUAGAACCCUCAACCGGUUUCCGAUUUGAGGCUAACGAGCCCACGUAUAUUGCCAUUGAAAGUGUUUGGAAUCACAAAAAUUAUUACAUUAAUCGUCAAGAGCCAAUAACCGACAUAUUGAACAUGAGUUGGGAUGUUAGCGAUUCAAACUGCUGGGAACAUUUUCUGCACGAUGAUGAUGUGGGUGACGAUGAAACAGAAGGUAAUGACGACGGGUCAGACGGCAAAUAUUUGGACAUGCCAUUUUCUUGGGUCAAACAGUUACACAUAAGUAAUUCGGAAUUCGAGGAACGAUAUCCUGGUGGUGAGAAAUGCAUCGACUACAUGAGAACGAGGUAUGAACGAUUCGCACCGUUCAAAAAUAAAAAUGGUUUGAUGACAAGGCUGACUACAUUCGAGACACUCGACUAUGAGAAGCCGUUACUUCGAUGGGAAUGGUACGAAAAUCGAUCGGAUCUGUUGUACCUCAUCAAAAUAAACUACGAAACGAACGAAAUCGAAGAGUAUUUUAUAAAAGGCCGUUGUGACAGUCUCAAAUACUACACAUACGACACCGAAGACAAAAAUCAUAAAAUUCUGGAAUUUUAUCACAUCACCCGGGCGGAUUCGUUGAUGAAAUUGGAAGUGGAGAAUGACUACAUCCGAGAACACUUCCAUUCUCGACGGAAUUGUCUGUACUUUCGGGAGUUCAAAGUCGACGUGAAAACUGUUCGUGGGCAGAGUAAUCGAGUGCUGGUUGAAGUCAUCGAAAAGUACAAUCGCAACAAAAGUAGAAAAUUUAACCAAGACGUUGCUGUACGCCAUGUGACCGACAGUGAUAUUUUCAUUCAAUACCAGUAUGCAACGGACGCAGUCACAGCUACUACCAGACGUUUCAUCAAACCACCUAAGCCGGACUAUGGAUGUGAAUAUAUAUUCGAUAUGUCCUACACAGAAGGAUACAAUUCCAGUUCCGUGCUGAAAGAUCCGUCCCAGGUCGAAUUGUAUUUAAUUUUCCUGCAGGAACUGCGUGAAGAGGAACGGUGCCGAAAGGACUAUCGGCGUGUGUGCGAGGACAUCAGCGAUCUAAUACAAGUGCGUCAGAACGAAUUGAACAAUCCGCAAUUGAAAUUCAGCAUUUUUGAUCCGUUACGCAAUGAAGCAGCGCGUCGAAUACGAAUGGCUAAAUAUGAAAUGUUGAAAGAGCAACAUGAACUGGCCAUGCGCUCCGAUCCGGAUUAUGUGGCACCAUAUUUGAUCAUCUACGGUAAGAACGAGCCGUUGAACGAAGAAGUAUCGGAAAUUGUUUUUCACGAAUGUUUGGCCGAAUUCAAAUCGAAAUUCCAGGACAUUCGCAUGGAAUUGGAAGAGAAACUGUACGAAUGCGACAAAGAAUCGCAACAAUUUAAGGUCUUCUUUACGAAAUACGAAAAUCAAUUUAAGGACGAAGACUUUGAGCGAUUUACGACUGAAGGUGAAAAUAUUGAGAUCAAUAAGGCCGUUAUUCAACACCGACUCAAAGACAUCAACGACGAAUUCGAACUGAAAUACGAAAAUGUUAAAAUGAAAGUCCUAAACGAUCUGCGUCUUACGUUCAGUUCCGAUUUCUAUUCUGCACAAACGAAUUGCCAGAAAUAAAUGCGCUU